GGUUUCGCCGCCUGCUGCACAAGAGCAAGGACCCGAGUUCGAUCCCCGGUACCAAAAGAAAAAAAAAAAGAUGUUUUUAUUAACAUAUACAUCUUUAAUCUACAUAAUAAUAUUUUCAAUUUCCAUUUGGAGUCUAGUCUGUGGUUUCUGCUUUUGUUUCUGAAUCUAUUUCAUUAUCGGUCUGUUUUAAUGACUAUAGCUUUAUAUCUCAGUAUCUGAUAAAGCCAAUCCUAUUUAAUCAUUCUUUUUCAAGUUCCUUUGUACUCUCCCAUAUUCAUUUUUCAAUAUAAAAAAGUGUGAAAGGGAACAGGAAUUGUUAAGAAUGGAUGAGAAGCCAGAUGUGGGGGUCCACACCUGUAAUACCAGCUAUUCCGGAGGCUGAGGCAGGAAUAUUGAGCAUUUGAGACCAGCAUGGGCAAUUUAGUGAGAUCCUGUUUCGAAACAAACAAUAAAAAGCACUGGGAAUAUAGCUGUGUGGUGGAUGCUCCCUUAGCAUGUGAGGCCCUAGGUUCGAUCCACAGUACUAAAAAAUCUGGGUAAGUAAAGAAGGAAAACUUGUGUGUUAAGCUGUUAUUGCCUAUGAGGCAGGGUGGGGUAAUACAAUAUGUACUUAACCACAGAAUAAUUCAGGGUGGGAAACACAGUUGUUACCAUUGGAACUGAACUGUCCAUUUGAGUUCCUUAGAACUUCACUACAGAAUACAGUGCUUACAUUUAAGAAUGAGGAUUUUCAGUUGUGAUAAUAGCCAAGAAUCAGGUAAGUCCAGAGACCAAUUGUGAGGCCAGAAGAAAAACUUUCAGCCAAUGAUCAGUGCUUGGAAAAUAAGAUCUAGCCUGGUGUGGUGCACACACACGGGAGGCUGAGGCAGGAGGAUCACCAUGAGUUCAUGGCCAGCCUGGGCUGCACAGUUAGUUCAAGACCAGCCUGGACUACACAGUGAGACCCUGUCUCAAAAAAAAAAAAAAGAUCCAGUAGCCAGCGGCAGGACCACUGAGGUCUUCCACUGGUUAUUUUUUGUUGCUUACAGAUAAGUAAGAUGUACUCCACAAUGUUUAUUCAGCUCUGCGCUGGAAAGAAAGAACAGGCAGGGAACCACUGGAUCUUUUGCUCUGCCUACUGUAUUGGGGGGGGGGGGUUGUAGCAGGGACAGAACUUGGGACCUUGUGCUUGCGAGGCAGGCACCUGAACCACUGAGCUAAAUCCCUGGCCCCUGCCUACUGUAUUUUAAAAGCACCACUUUGUAUGACCCCUUCAAAUUGUAUUUCAGCAUCUCUGUUGGGGAAUCCAAGAAUUUCCCAGUUAACCGCCUGUGGCUGACAGAGGAAAAGCCUAGGGUGUGAAGUGUGCAGCAAUCCGUCGUGCAGAGGGCCAUGUGCAGUGUCUUUUGAAAUAUAUUCUUUCCUUAACAAGGGACCAAAAUAUGUCAAAAAACACCACCCUGGAAACUUCAUAAACACUGCAGUGCGAAGGACCUGUGCCCAGAACAUAGUUUCUCUGCAGGCGUCUUAGAGAAGCUGGAUAAACAGCAGGUUCCUUGCUAUGUCCCUGGCUGAUACAACAAAACCCCACACGGAUGAGCCCUUCCCCGCCGUGGUCCUGGAGACUGACGGCCAGCCCACCAGCAGCAGGCCGUCCAGCGGCAGCAUGGACCUCAGCCAGUCCCAGUGCUCCUGCGGGAGCCUGCACUCUAACUGCGACUACUCAGAGGACUUCAUCUCCCUGUGCUUCGACCCAGCCACCAACAGGAACUGUGUGGAGCAGCCGGAGGUGAAAGAGAAGAAAAAGUACACUGCGCCCAAACUCGCCCAGCCUAAGGGUCAGAAGGAAAUCUCCGUUGGAAAAAAGCACCCCUGGAAUGCGCCAGGCCUCCACUCCCAGCUCAGUCUGCUAGCGCACCACCGGAGAGACCCCACGGCCCACCGGAUCCUCUCCGCGCGGCUCCACAAGAUUAAAGAGCUGAAAAACGAACUGGCCGACAUCCAUCGUAAACUGGAGUCCAUCAUCACAGAAAACCAAUUUUUGAAACAACUUCAGUUUAGGCACUUGAAAGCGAUAGGAAAAUACGAGAACUCGCAAAGCAACUUACCUCAAGUUAUGAUUAAACAUCAGAAUGAAGUGAAAAAUUUAAGGCAGCUACUUAGGAAAUCCCAGGAGAAGGAAAGAUCUGUCUCUAGGAAACUCAGGGAAACCGACAGCGAGUUGCUGAAGACCAGGGAUGCCCUGCAGGCGCUGCAGAAACUCUCCGAGGACAAGAACCUUGCAGAAAGGGAAGAACUGACCCAUAAAUUGUCUGCUCUGGCAGCAAAAAUGGAGGCGAAUGACAAGAAAAUACAGAGGUUGGAAAGACAGCUGAGGCUGAACACUCAGGCCUUCAACCGCCAGCUGGCAACGGAAAACCAGAAGACUCAGGCAGCUCAGACGGCCACGAAGUCCCUGCAAGAGGAGCUCAGGCUCCUGCAGCAGAAACUCAAGGAAAAGGAGCAUGAGCUUGAAAUUAAAAACAUCUAUACUAAUCGAAUCCUUAGAAAUAUACGGGAACUAGAAGAUUACCCAAAAGUUUCUUCAACAAAAUCAGUACAAGCGGACAGAAAAAGCUUGUCAUUUGUAAGUAUGAGACACCAGGAAACCCAAAAGUCAGAAGAUGUUCCAUCUUUGACUACUAAGGGUAAAAACAUAACAAGAAACAUUCAUCCUAAAGAGAAAUCAAGUGAAAUAAACCAUGAAGUUCCUCACUAUAUCAGUAAACUGCCAAAGCAAGAUGAUUCAAAGAGAGAAUUUGAAGAUUUAUCAAAGGAAGAGGAAUAUCUGGAAGUACAUGCACCUCUGGAGAAUACUGGACGACAUAAAGAGAAGGAAGAUCAAGAAAAGAAACCCCUUUUGCAAGAACAAGAGCUACUCCCCCAAAACACUCCAGCUGUCCCCCCUGACAGAGAAAGCGGUCAGGAUGAUGAUGCAGAAAAAGAAAAGUUUAAAAGCGUCCAGCUGUGCGAGGCGGAGGAGAGCUCCGACCACGGCGCCGUCCCCAACGCCAAGGCUCCCUGCAGGCAAAGGAAGCUGUACUCGUUCACGGAAGCCACCGAAAACCUGCACCACGGGCUUCCCGCGUGCGGCGGGCACGCUCAAGGGCACGGCGCCUACAAGCAUCGGAGUGGCGGCGCCGAGGAGCCGAAGCCGGACGCGCCCAGUGGGUACGAGCCCUCCUUCGGGAAGUCUUCCCGGAUCAAAGCAAAGGACCCCGCCUUCCAGGAGCGGAAGAGCAGCCUGAUGGAGGAGCUCUUCGGGGCCGGCUGUGUCCUGAAGGCCGAGCACGCUGCUCCUGGGGCCGUGGACGGCGGCAAGGAGCCCCCGAGACAGAAGGCGCCCACGCCCCCGACGCCGCUGCAGACGCCAGGCCGAGGCCGAGCCUCGGCCAGCAACGCAUUCGGGGGCUCCAAGGCCACCGUGGGCAGCUCCAUGCAGUCUCCACCCACGGAAGGAAAAAGAGUUGUUUAAAUACAACUCGUAUCUUAAUACAACCGGCUUCACAGCCUGCUUAUGUGCCUUCGAUCGUAUGAGGUUAGUGUGCAAGAGAGUGUAUGUCUCUGGGUGUGCGCUAGCACUCACAUUAGACUCUGGAAAGUCCAGUUUCAAAAUCCAUUGUAUUCUAGCCAACAAUAAUAUUUUAAAUACAAAUUUGCAUUGUUUUUCUAAAAGUGAACCACGUCCAUUGUUUUAUGUUUUUUUAAGACUGAUUUAAUUAUAUGGCUUUAGUAUCCUGUGGGACCAGUCAACAUACACAUCUUCUACAGGUUAAAAUCUUUCCAGCAAUAGAGUUGUGUUGUAACUUUGAAACAUGGAAGCAGCUUUCAGACAACAGUACAAUCACAAGACUCUCUUCACACAGGGGAAAAAGUGCACUGGUUACCAAACUUGGUUUUAUGAAAAUAAAUUUUGGGGAUACUCUUAUUCAGCUAAACUGGGCAUCUAAUAUACUGUCUUUGUGUCUUUCCUCAUGGACAUACCUAAGGUUUGGUAUUUUUUUAUUGAGCUUUAUUGCACACUGUGACUUGACUUUUUUUACUUAAUCUUGUUCUAAAAAAAAAAAACCACAUGGUGUAGAGUUCACUGGACCUAGCUGCUCAGCCCUAACUAUUUAUUACUCUUAGCAUAUCUUAAGUUGGGACUACAAGGGUCUACCUCUAGACUACAAAUGCUGAACUUCCCUUCAUUAGUUAUAAAGGUAAUUUAUAAUCCAGAACAUUGUGGGGAAGACUCUGGCUGGAGGAGUGAUUGAAAUGAUGGCUGAGAUGAAGGUAUCUCCUACAGCAAUGGCCCAGGCUCCCUAGAAUGCAUGGCUAUAGAAUAAAGCCUGCAGAAGCAACAGCAGAGCAAGAUCCAAAAUAGAUUAUCCUUAGAUACAGUUGCUUCCACCACUGUUCUCUCCAUCCCCAAUGGCUUGCUUAGAUUAGGGAAAUAUGAGCCACUGCACACCAUCAUCCUUU